AUGGCAACAACGGAUGAAAUUGAAGAAAUUCUGAAAAGGUUUGGGAAUGAAGAAAGCACGUUGUUAGAUCAGUACGAGAUGAUGUCUUUCAAGGUGCAGCUAAAGCAAGCCAUGCUAGGUAGGAGCUUGUCGGAGCCACGCUACCAAGGACAAUCAAAUUUGAUGUCAAAGUCAGUUCAACAAAAGCGACGUUGGGGUUGGAGCCGAGUUUGGGGUAUUCAUAAGGUGCUAAACAAGUUUCUGAAGCCUGAUAAGAGAGCAACACAAGAUUUCCUAGAUUCAAGAGGGAAAUAUUUUGUCGUAAAUCGAUCUAAAAUUUAG